AUGGCUGCGUUCAGGAUUGCACGCUGCGUCUUUCAGAGCUCCCGGCUUGCUGAGCUCCCCUGUGUGGUUGUAGGUGGAGGUGGGCACGGACGGCGUGCCCUCUGUUCCCAGAGUCCCGGGCAUUCGGCAGCAGAAAUCAGAAAACCCCAGUUUAUGGAUGAUGAUGUCCAGUGCAUCCUUACCAGAAUAGCAGGCCUUGAUCUCGAGAAGGUCUUCAGACCUGUUCAGCAGCAAGUGAGACCACCUACGUACAAAUUCAUGACAAACGAGCAGCUUGAGGAGGCUCAUCGGAAAGCUGUGGAAGUGGCUCAAACCCGACUGAAAAUGCCACCAGUACUCAAUGAAAGAGAACCAAUUAAUGAUGCGUUAGCAGAAGAUAAGAUUCUUGACGGCCUGGAAACAGCUAAAUAUGUAUUCACAGAUUUAACCUUUGAUAUUCCGCACAAAGAACGAUUCAUUGUGGUUAGAGAACCAAAUGGAGUGUUGCGGAAAGCAACGUGGGAGGAACGGGAUAGGAUGACCCAGGUCUACUUUCCACGCAGUGGCCGAAGGAUUGUUCCACCGCCAAUUUUCAAGGAUGCAAAUCUUUCGGUUGUGUUUGCUCAGGAUCGUUAUGAAGAUAUUCUCAAUCUCUGUCUUAUUCAAUUUGAGCCAAAUUCUGCUGAUUACAUUAGGGUCCACCACCAAACAUAUGAGGAUAUUGAUAAAAAUUGCAAGUAUGAUCUUUUGCGUUCAACGAGACACUUUGGUGGAUUGGUGUGGUACUUGGUCAACAGGAGGAAAAUUGAUGGUUUACUAAUCGAUAUGAUUCAAAGAGAUCUAAUAGAGGAUGCCUUAAGCAUGCUUCAUCUAUAUCACAUGGUACACCCAGACUGUCAAUCAUCAAAGGAGGCAAACCAACAGCAAGCCCAGGGUCUUGAUCUGAUUAAGAUAUUUUCCCAAACCGACUCUCAAAAAGGAGGCUACAUUGAAUUAGCUUUGCAAGUUUACCAGGACACGCUCAACAGCUCUGCUUAUCAAGAUCCACAUCGGAAUGAAGGAAAUUAAUCUAUUAGUUUGUCCAAUGCAAGAGUUCUGAAUUCAGCUUGGUAGGAACAUGGAGUAACUGAACACUUAUCAUUUCUAUUCCACUUAUUUUUGGGGAAAAGAAAACAUUUUCGUCAAAGUAAUGAAAUAUUACAUGUGUUCUAAUGCUUUAAAAAAAAUUGUAAUAUGAGCAGGUUGAGCCAUUAGAUUUCUACAAGGAGGACACAUUUAGCACUGGAGAAUGGUUCCACAGACGGUCUAAGUUUCAACUGAGUCAUCGUGUUGUGUGACUAUGGGUGAGAUCACAAUGAAGCCAAAACUUGUCAAGCUGUUUCCAAAUAUACAAUAUUUUUGAAACCUAA